AUGUCCCGACUAUUGUGUUCUUUGAUGCUGUUGCCGUUGUUAUGCCUCGCAGUUAGGGAGCAGUCAAUUGCUGUGAAAGGUCGACUCUUGUGUGGUGAACGACCGGCAGCGAAUGGUGGGACUGUGGAAACGACACCCAUUGAUCCUAUCCUCAAAAUCUACCACGAUUGCAAUGACGUCACUGGUUUCCUCGCCGUUCCUAAGCCUGGAAGCCGGAAAGUGAAGUUCUCGCUGCCAGACAAAUACAUCACAGAUGGAAUGGUUCCCCGGAAAACGAUGGAUAUCGGAUCGGUCAAUUUGGAAAUCGAAUUCAUGGCCGAGGGACGAGAAUACAUCGAUGUAUCGUGUGUUUGUGAAGCUGUGCGCGAUCAGUCGAUCGCCGUUAAAGGACGAUUGCUCUGUGGAAGUGGACCAGCUAAAAACGUCAGAGUAAAGCUCAUCGAUACCGAUACCGGUCGACCUGAUGACAUGCUCGAUCAAGGAUAUACCGACACUAAUGGCGAUUUCUCACUUUCGGGUGGCACAGCUGAAACUACCGACAUCGACCCGAUCCUCCGAAUCUAUCAUGACUGUAACGAUGUUACUGGAAUAGCAAAUGUACCGAAGCCGGGUAGCCGUAAAGUGACAUUUCGAUUACCAGGAAAAUAUAUUACCUAUGCGAAGCAACCAAAAACCACGAUGGACGUUGGUGCAAUCAAUUUGGAACUUCAAUUCUUGGAUGAAGGAAGAGAAUAUAUUGGUGGACUCCGAAAACUACGGUUUGGCUUACCGGAUCAAUAUAUUACUGCUGGUUUGAACGCUGAAAAAACCAUCGAUGUCGGAGUAAUCAACCUGGAACUCGGAUAUAAAGAAGAAACAAGAAUAGAACUCGAGGAUGAAUAUGAUCCUGAUGAAUCGACUCUGGUCGAAUAG